AUGGAGUUGCAUGUGGUUGAAACUGAGGGAAUUCCUGACGGCUGUGUGCUCUCUGUUCGAGCCGGAGCGACCCGCAGACAGGCUCCGGUCUCUUCUGACCGCCCUUUUCGUUUCAACUGCUCAGUGGAGGAAGCAGCACCUUUCAAGGUGGAUGUCCUUGAGCCGGUGGCCACUGCAAGAUUGAUUUUACGCCCAGGUGAAGAAAGACGGUCCGACUGUCAGUAUACCAUCCCGCUGGAGCCUUCCAACUCUUUCGAAGGCUCAGGGCCUUCACCGACGCCACCUCCAGGGAACAAAGACAUGUUCGUUACCAUAGCUGUCAGCCCGGGUGACGAGACGGAAGCGGAGGAAGCUGCACGCACAGACGAUGCAGAGAAAGGUCCAUCCAACUCCCGCAUUGGCCAGGCCAAUGCUGCACGGGAAUACCUUGACAAGCACAAUCUAGUGGAGUUCACCCAGCUCUUGGUCCAGAGUGUCAUCAAGGAGCAGCCUGAACGGCCCUACGAGUUCAUGGCUCGACAGUUCUACUUCCCGGAGCCGGAGCCCAGGCCAAGGCCACCAGCUGAUCUGGACCCAGGUAUGCCGUUUGGAGCCACUAUGGCCACAAUUGGCAACUAUGAGCGGUGA